AUGUGCUCCUGCUCCCGGAAGCCCCCGACAUGGCUGCCCGGUGGCUCCCCAGGCCCUGCAGGGGACCUGGAAGGACACUGUUUGAUCUCUGCCUGUCCCCGGCAGCUCUCAGAGCAGUACGGGCCGGUGUUCACCGUCCACCUGGGGCUCCAGAAAACAGUGGUGCUGACCGGCUACGAGGCAGUGAGGGAGGCCCUGGUGGGCACUGGGCAGGAGCUGGCCGACCGGCCCCCCAUUGCCAUCUUCCAGCUCAUCCAGGGAGGCGGCGGUGUCUUCUUCUCAUCCGGGCCGCGCUGGAGGGCCGCCCGCCAGUUCACCGUGCGCACCCUCCACCGCCUGGGCGUGGGGAGGGGGCCUGCGGCCAACAAGGUCCUGCAGGAGCUGAGGUGCCUUACGGUGCAGCUGGACGGCUAUGGAGGCCGGCCCUUCCCCCUGGCCCUGCUCGGCUGGGCUCCCUCCAACGUCACCUUCACGCUGCUCUUCGGCCAGCGGUUCGACUACCGGGAUCCCGUGUUCGUGGCCCUGCUGGGCCUCAUCGAUGAGGUCAUGGUCCUCUUGGGGACCCCUGGCCUGCAGCUGUUCAACAUCUACCCCUGGCUCGGGACCCUCCUCCAGCUGCACCGGCCCGUCCUGCGGAAGAUCGAGGAGGUGCGAGCCAUCCCGAGGACCCUCCUGGAGGCCCGGCGGCCGUCCACGCCCAGGAGAGGCCCCGUGCAGAGCUACUUGGAUGCUCUGAUCCAGGAGGGCCAGGGGAAAGACCCCAUGGGCCUGUUUGCUGAGGCCAACAUGGUGGCCUGUGCCCUGGACAUGGUCAUGGCUGGUACGGAGACCACCUCAGCCACACUGCAGUGGGCCGCGCUCCUGAUGGGCAAGCACCCGAACGUGCAGGGCCGGGUACAGGAGGAGCUGGACCGUGUGCUGGGGCCCGAGCGGCUCCCCCGGCUGGAGGACCAGCGGUCACUGCCCUACACCAACGCCGUGCUGCACGAGGUCCAGCGGUUCAUCACUCUCCUGCCCCACGUGGCCCGCUGCACGGCGGCCGACACCCAGCUGUGCGGCUACCAGCUCCCCAAGGGCACGCCCGUGGUCCCCCUGCUGAGCUCUGUGCUCCUGGACAAGACGCAGUGGGCGACGCCCCACCAGUUCAACCCUGGCCACUUCCUGGACGCCGACGGGCGCUUCGUGAAGCCAGCGGCCUUCUUGCCUUUCUCUGCAGGCCGCCGUGUCUGCGUCGGGGAGAGCCUGGCCCGGUCGGAGCUGUUCCUGCUGUUCGCCGGCCUCCUCCAGAGGUACCGCCUGCUGCUGCCGCCCGGCCUCAGCCCCGCCACCCUGGACACCACGCCCACGCCGGCCUUCACCAUGCGGCCGCCGGCCCAGGCCCUGUGCGCUGUGCCCAGGCCCCGGGGACGGUGACAGAGGGACAUCAGGCCUGCGCUGGGAUAAACCCCCAGGGCUGCCGCUCCCCAGCCCCUGGCUCCCAGCUUGGGGUGCUCUGUGGAUGAUCGAGGCAGGAUGGACGGACGGCCCCUCAUUGCCCCCUCACUGGGUUCAUUCCUGCGGCCACCCCAGGCUGUGUAUCCCAGGCUGGGCAGCCUCAUCUGGGUACCGUCGGGGAGCACCGGGCCUGAUCCUGUUCUUUUGAAGGCCCUGGGCCUCUUCCAGGCUCCCCACCUGGUACUGUGGGACCUCUUCCUCCUGUCUCCUCCCGGGGCAACCAGGGCCCCAGUGCUGAGCUGGGCUCCCUCCCCUCCCUUGAUCCUCUCUCUCCUCCCUUUGCCCCCAGACCCUCCCAGGUGCCCCCCAUGCCCCACUGGUGCAGAAUCCCCUCCUCACACCCCACGACACCUCCCCCAGGCUCCCUGCCACUGCCUCUCCCCAUCUCCCCUGCACACUGCCUCCCAUCUGGUCCCCACCAGGGCCAGUGUCGGCCAGGCACCCCCCACCAGGCACAGAGGUGCACUCACCGGCAGCUGGGGUGCAGGAGACGGCAGGUGGCGGCGUUCACCCACAGGCCAGCCUCAGGCCUCAGUUCCCAGCAGGCUUGCUCUGCACCGUGUCAGGCCUGGGAUUGACCGGGCCCCUUGAAGACCCCACCCCCCCCUUGGAGCUCCUGGGGGCUGUGCCCAGGAGGCGCCCUGCCCUUGGAGCCAGGACCCUGAGUCCUGGGGUAACACAGAGAUGCCCUCAGUGGGAGACAGGCCAGUCUAGGGACAGCCGUCACCCGGAGGAUCAAGGCCCCUGCAGGGGCAAGCGGGGCUGGGCAGGAAGCAUGAGUAGGAGUUUGCAGGAGGACACUGGGGGCCCCUCACCUGAGACCCCAUCAACCGCACAGGUCCCUGAUGCAAAUGGGGAAACUGAGGCCCUGACAUACCCAAAGCCCGGCUCCAUCCUCCCCUACACCCAGCCUGGAGCCGACUCCUGCUCUCUCUGCAGGGCAUCCUCUCUGAGGCAAAGUGUGCAGAAGCACCAGCUGGGGGGAUGGGUGGAGGGCGGGGCCGAGGACAAGGUGGGAAGUUAGCCAUGCUGCUGAAUUCUGCACAAAUAGCCAAGGUGACGCGAUGCCUGCUCUGCGGCGAGGGCUGGACAUGGUGGCAAACGCAGUGUGGUUUCUGCCCUCUUGGAGCUCUUGGCAGGGAUGCCAGGGGCACGGGGUGGGGCACAGGGGCAGCCCGUUUCCCAGCUGGGGCCGGAGCGUCUUCCUGAAGGAGGCCCCGUCUGGUGGACACUCGGCACAGUG